CCUGUUGAGCGUCAGUGGAAAAGGGUGUUGGCGUCUGUCUGACUCAAGAGUACGUUCGUCUAUUGUGUGUCGCUCCAUGCCCGACAUUUCCUAUUUUCCCCCCUACACACAUCUCCAUUUGGGUUUAACGCGUGUCGGAGCAUGGCUCCUGCAACUAUGGUGAUGCGUAACCAUGCCAACACAGUACAGCAUGGCUCAGUUAUGUUCUGCUCACUAGUGUGACAUGGACCUAAAAUACAGAUGAGCAACGUUCAAAAGUGAGGACCCCGGAGAGACUGCAGUGUGAUCACAGAGUGUGACGCUUAUUUAUUCUGUGAGACAUGACAAAUCACAAGAGAUGAUAGGUGAGAGUUUGAAGAUGGCAAAUAUCUCUGCUUUGAUUUUAUUGACAUCAGUUACGUCCCUUGUGUUCGCAGAGGAGCAGAAAGAAAUGGAGGAGGAAGAUCCAUUUACCUUUGAUUAUCACAGGCUACGUGUUGGGGGGUUGAUCCUGGCAGCAGUUCUGUGUCUGAUUGGCAUCACCAUCCUCUUCAGCGGACACUGCAGAUGCAAGUUCAACCAGGACAAAAGGAGGAGGUCAGGAAGCAACGCCGCCCAGCCCCUCAACGACCAAGCUCGGGCCAGUGAGUGCUAGGAACCAAACUCCCACCUGGCAGCAGGUCAAAUCGACUUCCUGGUUCUGCAUCAAUCAAGAGAUAGAAAUUGAUGGGUGGAGUUGGCUUGUUUUUUGUCCAGUGGAGGUUGUUUUUUAGAGAGUGGUGCUGUCUUCCCAAGAGGGAGGUGGUACUGUGCCAUUGGUGAUCAGAGGUGUGCUGCUUUUACCUGUGUUGCUGUUCUCCCUUCCGCCCAUUACUCCUGUUUCUGCUCCGCCCAAUAUUCACACUGUAACUCACCACCAGCAAGCACACACAGACAGACAAAGCAGGACACGGUUUUUCCCCAUGUUCUUUGUAUUUAAACAGAUAACCAAAAGAUGCUGUGUCGACUCACUCAUUAUUUCAUUGCAAUGUUUUUCACCUCUAGUAGCUCCACCUGUAUGUGGAAAAUAUGCAGUAGAUUUGACUGUUUGUGUGUGUUUUGAAUUGACAUACUGUCUCCUAAUAAUCUUACAUGCAUAUACAUUACUGUAAAAUAGGUACCGGUAGCCAUAAACUAUUAUAAUGUCAAUAACUAUUCACACACUUUUAUCUUGAUUAUUCCUAUAUUAACUUUUUAGUUGAAUGUAGAAAAGUGCACUGGUCUAUGCAGAAGAAUCUGUUGUAUGAUAAAUGCAAUGUUUUUUUAAUAGUACAGAAUAUAAAAAUUAUUUCAAUAAGCUGAUGAUAUAGUUUUGAUUGAGAGUGUUUGCCACCAAAACAACAUUAAUGUUAUUUUAGUUUGUUAGAUACCACACAAACAAUUACUGUCCCUGAAGAGGGUUUUCUCCCCAAUUGGCUUUUAGUGAGUCACGGUCUACAAGAUGUUUCUUGGCAAAUGAGUAGAUGGUGUCUAUGUUUGUAAUUCAAAUUAAAAGAGUUACCUUU